UGCUGUCCACAAAUUAAAUUAACCAAAUAUCAACUUAGCUAGCGAGAUAGCCAGUUAUAGCCUGCGCCUGCCAGCUGGCAAAGUUGGCCUGCUAGUUAACUAACAAGUGUAGUUGAUGAUCUAUACGUAAAACACAUACAGAACUCCACAAAUUGAUUUCAGUUUGAGACACUUGAGACACAGUCUGAUUAAAAUGUUGGCUAUUCAAAAAAGAAAAACAGCUGUCAUACCCUAUGACAGCGUGAUGCCAAAGAUAACUUUAUUUCGAUCCUUUGACCAUUCUGGAGGUACUAGUAUUUGGACGUCAGUAUGAUCUACUCCCAUGCAAUGGUCAAGGUUUCAAUGUGAGCAUUGUCUUAGUCAUGGGCAGAGCGGGGGCCUAUCUAAACUCAGAUCAAACCUACACUAGGUCCAAGGUUUGGGCUAAAUCUUUCUCCGCCCAUGGUCUUAGUACUGACUCAAAGUGAAUUGUUUAUCUGAUAGAAUGGAGAACUAAAAAAAUAUGUGCUGAAAGUUUUCCCUCUCAUGACUGUAAUAAAAUCCCUUACUCUGAGACUGCUUCCUGUAGGCAUUGUUAAGAAGAGGCGUUGGUGUCAAAGGGGAUAUCUACUUGGUUUCAGCUGUCAAUAACUUUGGUCUAUGGUAGCAGGGGGUCAGUGUUUAUUUUAGGUACAUGACUGACCACACGAACAGACACACAUGCACGUGUCUUUCCUUGAGGAAGUAUUUUUGCGCCUUGCUGUGGGACUCCUUAUGCCCCACCCUUCUCCUGGUCCACCCAGGAGGAGGAGGAAGGGCAGGGCUUGGAGAAGCCAGACAGGAUGUGACAUAGACCUCUGUCUGCCAACACCAAAGUUGCAGCCAUGUGUAGUUUCUUCUUACAUCUGUUAGGCUUUUGAGUUUUGGGAGAACAGUCAUUCUGACUGAACUAACCUUCUGGAAAAACAGACGCUAGGCCCACCACUUCCUGUCCAGUUCCCUCCUCUGAGAUUAGCAGGGAGGGAUUGUUGCUGAUUAGGAACAAACAUGUUGUUAGCAGGUGGGCUGGUCGAGGCUGGGUAGAUAUGUGAAAAGGAGGAGUUUCCUGCUUAUAACUUUGAUACUGUCAUGAGCAAAUUUAGAAAAAGUAAAAUAAGAAAGGUAUUUAUUAAAAUGUUGGCCUCAUUCUGUGUUUUCCUUAAAUGUAUACAGUGGGGCACAGUUAUGGUCCUUGCGAUGCUUGAUCUCCAUCUGAAGGUUCAUGCGUCUGUAGGGCAGGCUUAAUUCUAGACAUGCACAACUGGUCAGCUGGAUCAGCCAAGUGUAAGUCAGUUUUUGUUAGGAUAUAGUCCAAGACUUUGUUAGCACAAGCAGGUGUGUCAAUAAGAAAAUUCCACUUGUACUAUGACCCGAGCAAGGUUUACACCCAAAGAAGAGACAUUUUGAAGCUAAAUAAAUGAAACUCACUGCCAAAAGAAAUACUUUAUUGUGCAUGGCGGCAAAAUACAAAUUCCCACUAGAUGGUGCUGUUGAAUAGGGCAGUCAGGUGGUCUUGUCUUAUCUCUUCAGUACACCUAACAGCGUUAGGUGAGGAGCGUCUCUCUCAUGACCUUUUAUCAAUAUACUAAUACAAUCGAAAUGUUGGAUUUCAAAAUGAGGUUUAAAAAGGGGGAAAAGCACUGCAUGGUGUAAAUUCCUUGUUCCCAGCUCUGUCCUUUCCAUGGGUUUGGUCCACAUGAAUAAAUGAGCCCCAGGAGAAGGUCAGAUAAUUGAGAUAAUUGUCGUGACCUAAGCCAGGCUUUACAUCACUCCCGCCGUUCUGCCCUCACUGACAUCAUCACAGGGCUUCGGAUAAAGACCCAUAUCAAUAAUGGAUACUCGUGGUCCCUGGGACUAUUUACCUUGAGCAAAUGUAUUCCAGGGGGGACUAGAAGACUAUUUGGUGCCCUGUCAGGAGGCUCCAAACCGAAGGUGCUCUUUCAUUAUUUGCCCAGCUCUCUCCAACUGUUCUGUAGACACAUAUCCUUUCCUCUGUAGUGUUACCAUGAAUGUAGCCUCAUCCUCCUCCGCCACAUGGCACCUUGUUGUCGUUGGUCACUCACCUGCAGAAGUGUGUCAUUACACCUGAGGGUAAUGAAAUGUUAAUGCCCCUCUUCCUGUGUGAAGAUGGCAGAGAAGCACUCUCAAAUGAUGAACCGAGGGUGUGGUUUGUGUAGAGAGCCACAGCGGAGUGUGUGGUUUCAUGUGGCAGAACAGAUGGUUUUAUGGUUAACUUGCUGCUUUAACAACCAGAAAAUGUUGUUUAUCUGACCUGGAUCUUGAAAAGCCUACUUCAAUUUGAGCUCCAGUGAGGGCUCUCCGACUUCAUGAACUUCAAAACUUGGUGUAAAUGUAGGCUUGUUAUAACGCCCUAUACUUCCGCAGCUGUUUAGCAAUGCGAGGGACACGUGCCAUCAGAGGAAGUCAGUGGUCGAUCUCUUUCCUGUUUUUGUAUCGAUGCUGAGGUAUAACGGGCCACAGACACACUCGCACACCUCCCAUUACCUGUGAGAGACUGGAGGCAGCAGGGUCUGUUGCUGCCAAGACCCACCACCUGUCGCUGGGCUGACCGAGGGUCACUCCCCCCAGCAGGGCUCAUGGAGAAUGAGCCUGGAAUCGUGUCUCCGUUCAAGCGGGUGUUUCUGAAGGGAGAGAAGGGUCGUGACAAGAAGGCCCAGGAGAAGUCCACAGAGAGGCGUGUCCUCCACACCUUCUCCCUCUCCCUGCCAGAUCACCGCAUCGACCCUGACAUCCUGCUCAACGACUACAUCGAGAAGGAAGUCAAGUAUCUAGGGCAGCUGACCUCAGUGCCAGGAUACCUGAACCCCUCCAGUCGGACAGAGGUUCUGCAGCUUAUUGAUAAUGCAAGGAAGUCCCACCAGCUGGCUGGUCAGCUCACGUCGGAGCAGGACGCCGUGGUGAGCCUGUCUGCGUACAAUGUCAAGCUGGUCUGGCGUGAUGGCGAGGACAUCAUCCUGCGCGUGCCCAUCCACGACAUCGCAGCAGUCUCCUACAUCCGGGACGACUCGCUGCACCUGGUAGUGCUCAAAACAGCCCAGGAGUCUGGAGGCUCCCCCUGCCCCAGCUCCUGUCCAGAGCUGUCCAAGUCCCAGACCCUGAGCUCCCUCUCUGAGAGCGGGGCCGUGCUGGUGGAGGUCUGCUGUCUGCUAGUGCUGGCUGUAGAGAACAAGGCUGCAGCUGAAGAGCUGUGCCUGCUCCUCGGCCAGGUCUUCCAGAUGGUUUACACCGAGUCCACCAUUGACUUCCUGGACAGGGCCAUCUUUGACGGAGCCACGACCCCCACCAGGCACCUCUCUCUCUACAGCGAUGACUCCUCCAGCAAGGUGGACGUCAAGGAGGCCUUUGAGGCGGAGGCCAGUACAUUUUCUUUCCAGGACUCUCUGGAGGCGGGGGACAACUCUCCAUCGCCGACCUCCACGCCGGCCUCACCUCAGACUAAGACGUCCAGCGAGGGCGAGCUGAGCACCACCGCUGCAGAGCUGCUGCAGGACUACAUGACCACGUUGAGGACUAAGCUGUCAUCUCAAGAGAUCCAACAGUUUGCCACCCUGCUGCAUGAGUAUCGUAACGGCGCCUCCAUCCACGAGUUCUGCAUCAACCUCCGCCAGCUCUACGGCGACAGCAGGAAGUUCCUUCUACUGGGCUUGAGGCCCUUCAUCCCUGAGAAGGACAGCCAGCACUUUGAGAACUUCCUGGAGACCAUCGGCGUGAAGGACGGCCGCGGCAUCAUCACAGACAGCUUCGGGCGCUACCGCCGCACCGCCAGCUCGGCCUCAGACUCCACCACCAACGGGAACGGAGCUGCGGGGGGCGGAGCCAGCGGGGGCUCAGACGAGGGGCUGGCGCCCUCCGAGGGAGACGAGUGGGACCGCAUGCUCUCUGACAUCAGUAACGACAUCGAGGCGCUGGGCUGCAGCAUGGACCUGGAGGCCGUCACGCCCUGACGGGCUGGAUGUGAAGGAGGAGGACCUGGGAAGGAUCCAGCCACACUGGCCAGUCACUGAGGCUGCUUCUGUCCCCACCAGCCUUUGUAGGAACAGGCUAUUAUUAUUAUUUGUUUAAUCAGUUUAGUUUUCUUUAUUGGCAGUAUCUGCCAGCUUACAAGGAUGUAGCAGAAUAAGUCCAUCUUGAGCUGUGAGCCUCAACCCACUUGUAUUCACCAAAGAACUGUGUAGACUUUUUUUAAAUUAGAUACUGUGUUAUGUUGUUGUGUUGUUUUAAGGUCAGUCAGUAACUUAAUCCACAAAGUGAAUUCCUGCAUAUUUACUUAAUGUUGUAUAUGCCACACUGUUGUAUACCUCCUUUUAUGGUUUGUGUAUUUUCAUGUUUUACACUCUUUAAAUGUUUUAUAUAGAUGUUCACCCAUGUUGUAAUAUCUAAAUGAAUUGGGGUUAUUGAAAACUGAAAUAUCAAUUUUAACUGAAAAUUAUCGUUCAAGCAUUUGGAUGGAAAAUAUGUUUGACAAAGCCAUUUAGUGAAUGGCUGAUUUAACAGCUCUAGCCUUAUAUUACAGUUGGAGGUGGUCUUUUUUCCGCUCAGUGAUUUUGAGACAAUAACGCAUUUCAACAUCAUGUUAUAAUAAUAACAUGAGUAACAUCCCAACUCAUGUAAAUAUCACAAUCACACUCUUGGGAUAUUUCCUGUACACCUGUGUGACCAGUCUCUGUGCCUUGAAAAGUAGUUGUGCUGCCAAGUGUCUCACACAAUAGGGAAAGGCUAUCUAACUGUAACAGUGCAAUGGAUGAGUGAACUGUGGUUAUAAAAUAACAAAUACUGUCAACAUA